UCACACGCGCCGGGAUCCUGCCACCACACGUAUAAAUCAGACUGACAGCACGGGCUCCUGGUCAGAGAAUGAGAGAACAUCAAACACAGAAUAAACAGGCAAACAGCUGGACCUGCCAGUCCGAUAUCAUACAUUUUAAUUUCUGUUGGUGUCCAGGGGUUUUAUAGUAAUAAAAAUGGCCACAUCCGCAAGUGCUCAGUUGAGUAAAAUGGUAAAACAGCAGUAUAUGGAACUGCCUCUGGGAGACAAAGUACAAGCCAUGUAUAUCUGGAUAGAUGGAACCGGAGAAGGACUGCGAUGCAAGACCAGGACACUGGACUCUGAGCCUAAAAGCAUUGAUGAUCUUCCUGAGUGGAACUUUGAUGGUUCCAGCACGUAUCAGUCUGAAGGCUCCAACAGCGACAUGUAUCUCAUCCCCUCUGCAAUGUUUAGGGAUCCUUUCCGCAAAGAUCCCAACAAAUUGGUCUUGUGUGAAGUGGUCAAGUAUAACCAGAAACCUGCUGAAACCAACCAUCGACACAAAUGUAAAAAGGUAAUGGAAAUGGUAAAUCAUCAGAGUCCUUGGUUUGGCAUGGAACAGGAGUACACCAUCCUGGGUACCGAUGGACAUCCGUUUGGGUGGCCCUCCAAUGGAUUUCCUGGACCCCAAGGACCUUACUACUGUGGAGUUGGAGCAGAUAAAGCUUAUGGCAGAGACAUUGUGGAGGCACAUUACAGAGCCUGCCUCUAUGCUGGUGUGAUGAUCUGUGGGACCAAUGCUGAAGUUAUGCCAGCUCAGUGGGAGUUCCAGAUUGGCCCCUGUGAAGGCAUCAACAUGGGAGAUCACUUGUGGGUAGCUCGUUUCAUCUUGCACAGAGUUUGUGAAGAUUUUGGUGUGGUAGCCUCACUUGAUCCUAAGCCAAUCCCAGGCAACUGGAAUGGUGCUGGUUGCCACACUAACUUUAGCACCAAGGAAAUGAGGGAAGAUGGUGGGCUGAAAUUCAUUGAGGAGUGUAUUGAUAAGCUUGGAAAGAGGCACAACUACCACAUCCGUGCCUAUGAUCCAAAGGGAGGCCUGGACAAUGCUCGCAGACUGACUGGCCACCAUGAAACCUCCAACAUCCAUGAGUUCUCUGCAGGUGUGGCGAACCGUGGCGCUAGUAUCCGCAUCCCACGAACCGUGGGACAAGAAAAGAAGGGUUACUUUGAGGAUCGCCGCCCAUCUGCCAACUGCGACCCCUAUGCGGUCACUCAGGCCCUGAUUCGCACAUGUUUGCUAGAUGAAGAGGGUGACGAACCUGUGGACUACUAGAUCUCUCUUCUCCUGGACUAAACUUCCCUCCCCCACUUGCCAUACUGCCCUGUUUUCUGUUUUUGUUUUUUAAAUGGCCAUAAAGCCAAAUUA